UUUCAUAGCACAUUGGAUGCUAUUCUCCACUUGGUGUAUCCAAACAUAAUAAUUUGGAUGUAUCCUCCACUUGGUGUGAGCAUCAAAGAACUAUAUUACUAUAAAUACAUGGUCUCACUUGACAUUGGAGUCACACACAUCAGCUUUACUUCUCCUAUUUUCAAGUAUUCUACUAGAAGGUCAAAUAAAAUCAUGAGUUCUUUUCCCGCAUUUUACAAAUCCAUCGAUGAAGAUGAAAAUGAAGAAGCCUACUCCGACCGCAUGCGCAUGGCUUUGAUGGCUUCUUUGGUUGCAACAAGCUCCAAUAGCCGUGAGUACAUAGACCGUGGUCGAGAAGCUGGACAGCGUUUGUUGAUGGAUGGUUACUGGAAUCCAAAUCCCACAUACAAUGCACGUACCUUUCGACAUCGUUAUCGCAUGCAACCUGCUUUGUUCGAUCGAAUCAUGAAAGAUGCCAUGGCUUUCGAUCCGUAUUUUCUGAGUACAGUAGAUGCAGCAAACAAGACGGAGCAGAGGAUGGGAG